AUCACAAUGGGGAAUCCAUAGGUAUCUCUUCAUAGGGAAAAAAGUCCCAUACCAGUUAUCUCUGCAACAAACAAAUGCCAAGAAUGGAAUUUAGAGACAGAUUUGGCAGCUGUAUAUUUUGUAAGAGAUAUGUAGAUGUUUUAGGACUAUUAAUAUAUCUCUUAUUUGUAUAAUCACCUAGAUAGUUUGUAUUAGAGUGUUUGUUAGUGAUUGACUUUGCAUCUAGACUAGAUAUCACCAAAGUAAACCUUGAAUUAAAUUUUAAUGUAAGCAUAUUUUGUUUGUAAUGUUUAUGGUUAAUGGAUUGUGCCCUUUUUGUCCAAGUUUUACUAGCCAUGGAUAAGUGUCUAGUUUUUGUAUGCUAGGUUUCCACCAAUCACCAUGCUCUCUAACUACAACGCUACCACUUCCCUAAGUUUGAUGGUAAAAAUUGUAAGCCUCAUGGUCAACCUGAAAAUAUUUCAAAGGUUUUGACGAUCAAAGCAGCUCAAACCCUCCCUAUAUGUGAUACAUCUUCAGAAAUGCUGGGAAUGUUUGAUAUCUUGUUUUCAGUAUUGAACAUGGUUGACAUUUUUCUGCACCACUGCUGUGCUGGUUUAUAGAUAUGCAUGGUUGUUAUCUUCAGAAGUUUUUGCUAGAUUUUGAAGUUUAAAAUGAAUUUUGUUUAUUUUUAUUGAGGUUCUUGUACCAAGGCUGAGCUAUUUUCCACUGGUUGUUGACAAGAUGUGUAGACAUUUCCAAAUUGCUGCAAAUCAGAAUGAUUCUGAUGAAAUGUGGAUGGAAUACCAAGGACAACCUCUUAAAUGGCAUUAUCCAAUUGGCGUCUUGUUUGAUUUAUAUGCUUCAAGUGAUACAUUGCCUUGGAAUAUUACUGUUCAUUUUAAGAGGUUUCCUGAAACAGAACUUAUCAGAUGUCAAACUAAAGAAGUUGUCGAAUCUCAUUUCAUGUCUUGUUUGAAAGAGGCAGAUAACCUGAAGCAUAGAUCACAAAUAAUGAAUGCAAUGCAGAAAAGAGAUCACAAACAGCUCUGGUCAGGAUUGAGUAGUGACAAAUUUGAUCAGUUUUGGUCAGUCAAUAAGCGCCUUAUGGAGCGUCUCAAUGGAGAAACAUUUAAAUAUAUCCCAUUCAAAGUUUAUCUGUCGGAUCGACCGUACAUUCAAUUGCUGUUUCGACCCUUGUCUGAUAAAGGUGAAAUUUUGACAUUACGAGACUUGAUGAGAAUUGUCACAACGAAAGUCAUGGAUAAAAACUUCACAGGGAAUCAAUGGAGAAUUGUUUUACAAGGCAUUGAGCCUCCUUUGGAAACUCCUGUGCAGUGGCUAAGUGAACAUCUUAGCCACCCAGACAACUUUCUUCAUAUCUGUAUGGUUGAAAAUUAAGUAUCAGUAAAAAUAUAUUAAAGGGGCCUCAACAAUAUUUGGUAUGCUAGAAUUCGCGAGAACCUCUUAACUUCUUUGUUUGAUGCCUUAAAAUGAGAAUUUCUAUCGACGAUUUUUUAAUUUGGGUUGCACCUUGAAGUUUACCUUUGGUUAUUUGUUUUCGAAUGAUUUGACUUUAGUGAAAUUUCUUAAAAUGCCUACAGGCCUGGGUGGAAUAGGUGUAAGGUUUGAUAGCAUGCAAGCAUAUGUACAAAUUGCGGUUGUUUAAUUGAGUAAACUACGCCUUUCGAAAAGGAUGUAAAAUUUGAAGGUAAAGUUGUGCUGUUUUAAAGUAUGGUGGCCUUGGUUGUGUUAAAAACAGCAUCGUUAACAGGUGUGGAAAAAGUGACUUGGCAGUUUAAAGUUUCUCAUUUCAAGGCAAAUGUGAAUAUGCUGUUGUUAUUCGAUUAUCCGUUCACUUGAUUACGCCUCCCACUUGAGUUAUUUCAUUUCUCACGAAAGCUCCCAUCUCCGAAGCUCCUCUCUCACGAAAGCUCCCAUCUCAGAAGCUUCCCUCUCACGAAAGCUCCGCUCUCACGAAAGCUCCUCUCUCACGAGAGUUCCUCUCUCACGAAAGCUCCCAUCUCCGAAGCUCCUCUCUCACGAAAGCUCCCAUUUCCGAAGCUCCUCUCUCACGAAAGCUCCUCUCUAACGAAAGCUCCCAUUUCCAAAGCUCCUCUCUCACGAAAGCUCCCAUCUCCGAAGCUCCUCUCUCACGAAAGCUCCCAUCUCCGAAGCUCCUCUCUCACGAAAGCUCCCAUCUCCGAAGCUUCCCUCUCACGAAAGCUCGCGUUUUCCUUCGAAUAAAUUAUCUCUUGCAAGGACCGUUGCUAGCUAUUGUGCUCAAGGAGGUUAUCCGGAUCCCAUUUACUGACAAGUGGGUAUGCCGUCCUUCAUAUUCCAACGAGUUUGAAAUUUUCCGACGAAGACCCCACUAUCUGACAGAUGCUCCUCCUUUUUCAAAAAAUAUUGUUUUCAAGGUUGGUGUGACACCCCCAAAGCGCCCAUUGCGACGACUCUGCUGCAACAGGAAUUAUUGAUUUUUUUAGGCUUAUGAAUAUAAAUACCUCGUUUUGGUCCUCUUUCCUAGUAGAACAAACGUGGUUAUCAUUUCUGGGUUGUUUUUUAACAUCUGUUAUUCGUACUAUGUAAUUUUUAUCUCAACAAAUUGUGAAAUUUGA